AGAAAAGCUCGCAACCACGUUUGUGUUGAAUUUUGUUUUGCUACUGGAUUCUUCAACAUGAGGCUGCAGCUGACAUAUAUGAUUCUGUUAAAGAACAUUAUUUUGGCUAAAGCAGCCAGAGAACCAUCAUAUCCGACGUGUUCUCGUUAUGAUUACGAGGAACGCUUGUUGGAAAGAGUUUUGCGCAAUGAGCUUUCCAUCGAAAAUAUGUUAAAGGAAAUACGUGAGACUUAUGUAAAAGUGGAAUCGGCAUUAAACCUGAUGCAUGAGGACAGACACAAACUAUCAGCUGCUAAAGAAGAAAUGGAAGCAGAAAUAAAAUCCAGACUACAUGUCGGUCUCAAUAACAUGUCCGAUUCUCUUGCAUUCAUGAAACACGUGCAUGAAGAAAUGGGAACCAAAUUGAAUGAUGCAAUCAAUAUCUCAAUGGCAAAUAUAGCUGAUGCUAUAACCAAGAUGACAGAAAAUUCGUCAAAAACAGGGCUGCAGUUGAAGAAGGAUAUUGAUAUCUUGAAAGAACAGUUGACCAUUCCCUCGAUUCAUUUCCACGCAUUUACCCCAGAAGACUACAGCCUUGAUAGCGGUCAAAUCGUCGUCUAUACUGAAGUGCGUGUCAACGAAGGUCAAUGUUAUGACCUUAAGACUGGCAGGUUCACUGUGACUGUCCCUGGGCUGUAUGUAUUCGCGGUUCAUUACAAUGCUGGUAAUUCAAGGUAUGCUGACCUCGCAAUCAUGCAUCAAGGACAUCAAAGGCAGACAUCAAAAGCUCACACACUUAGCGGCGUUAUCGCGAGUGCUUCAAUGCAGGUUUUCAUUAGGGUCGCCAAGUCAGAUCAGAUCUGGGUGCAAGCAGCAAACUCAGGCAUAAACUUAAACAAUUCUGGCUUUUACAAUUCGUUUACGGGUGUCCUGAUUCAAAUGUAAAAUCAAGAAGCUGUUGUGUAUACAUAUAAAAGUUUCACAUCUAUUACAUUAUGAUUUAUGUAUAAAAACAGACGUUGCAAGAGAAUGAUGUACGGAUUAUGUGUUAUAUUUGUUAAUCUUAAAAACUUUUACUUUUCUCGACACGUGUUGCCAUUUAUUCGUCAGAUAUGAAAAGACGUUAUUAGAUAAAUCUGUAUAAAACAUUUUCUUGCACUCCACAAAGCCUGAUUUGGAAAAGGAUUCUUGUGAACAUGUCAGUGCAUGUAUUUAUUUUGUAGAUAAGGGUUAUUCGCAUGUUUAUGUUAAAAAUAUCUGUCAAUGAAAUGAAUGUGUUACAUAUUACAAACCAUGAACACUACACUUAAAGGAUGCGUAGUAAUCAAGGUAAAACUGGUUGUUCAGUGGUGCAUCAUCGAAGCAAAGCACGUUAAACGAACUUUACGUACCAUGUUCUAAAAUAUCGAUAAGCAAACUCAGUAAUUAUCAUUAUAACAGCAAAAUCAAUCUGAAAUAAAAAUUCACAAAAGGUCAUAAUCUUUAAAUAUCGACUCUCAGUGAAAAUCAUUGAACACUUAUUAUCUCAAUUGAACUUUGACUCAGAACCAAUCCCGUGUUGCACAGUGUCAUUCUUGUAAACUGAUUUCUCCCAUUACAGACUGAUAUGAUAUAUUUAUCGCAUGAAGACCCACGAGCUUCAUCUGAACGCCGAUGGAAUUUUCGUCAGUCGCCGAAUACGGGUCCAAUUAAGUUCCAAAACAACCAAAUAGGAGAGCGUUAUGGGUGAAUAAUUUCAAUGCAACUUUCCACAGAAAGUUAUCUCAAAUAUCACAUAACGGAAUUUCAAAGAUCAUGAUUUUGAGCCGUUUUUUAUUUAUUCUGAGUUAUACAAAUGUUGCGUAAGAAGUGCAUAUGAGUGUAUAUUUUAGAAUUUGGACAAUGGUCAGAUCACACAUGAACAACGCUAGCUUACUAUUUAUGAUUAACGAUUGAUUAUGGCGUUAGUCUGUAUUUUAAUAGUGUCUUGAACUAUUGUCUUAAAGUUUAUAGUAAAAAACAUUAAACGGUGAUAUAUAACAUGUGUGUUUAUAUUUAAGUGAAUUAAAUAAGACUCAUGU